AUGAAGUUGAACUCUGAUAGUACUAAGGUUCCAAAAGAAUGGCAGACUGUGUUAGCUUUGUAUGAACAAAUAUGUGCAGAAAGACAAAAAGAUGAGAUUGGUCAGUUGAAGUGGUGGAAGUCCGUGCCUGUGAAAUACAAGUCCGGGACAUUUCAGAUACAGCUGUGUCUGAUGAAAUUACGAAGCAGUUGUUGGACAAGAUGGACAUCAGUAGCAAUCUUGGAGACGAAUAUCACACUAAGCUUGCAGAAGUUAUUUCAAAACACAGGUCGACAUUUAGUCAGUCCGGCGAAGACAGGGUUUUGCGAUGUUAUUGAACACAAGAUAGCCACUACGGAUGAUAUACCAGUCAAGACUGCGCAUCGUAGAAUUCCUCCACAGCAAUGGGGUGAAGUGAGGGAAUAUUUGUCCAAGUCUCUUGAUACAGGCAUCAUCCUUGAAUCAUCAAGUCCGUACGCAUCUCCUGUCGUAUUGGUGAGAAAGAGUAAUGGAAAGCUGAGACUAUUCUGUGAUUACAGGGCCCUCAAUGCGAAGACACGCAAAGGAGCACCAGCAACGUUCAUGAGGUUAAUGGACAGGAUAUUCGGGGACCAAAACUUUCAAACACUAAUUGUCUUCAUGGAUGACAUCUUGGUGUUUGGGGCUACAGAGAAAGAGGUUCUUGAAAGACUGGACAUGGUUCUGACAAGGCUAUCCACAUUCAAUCUAAAGGUCCGGCCUGAGAAAUGUCAGCUAUUCAAGGAAAAGAUUCGCAGGAGGGAAUUCUCCCAGAUCCAGAAAAGAUAA